GCCCACUGUGAGCGCUCCUCCACUCUUUCCGACUCUGCUCGAACGCUACGCUACUCUUCCCGACCUGUUCUUUCCCUUCAUGGCUUCCGGCGCCGUACGAAGCCUUCACUAACUACCGCUACUCUUAAAGCUCAAUUCCUCCUCCAUGCUUCUCCAGUAGAAUGGGUUCCCUCGAGGCGGCCGUAGUAGGAGCUCCGCCGAAGCGGAGCCCCCCCCUCCGCUCCUCCCCGCCCCCCGCCGCCGGCCGGUCCUCCCUCCACCGCGCUCGAUCCCGCCUCGCCCGCUUCCUCUUCUCCGAGAAGGUCGGAUACGUCCAGUGGGUCCUCACCGUCGCCGCCUUCCUACUCGUCAUCGCGCUCUUCCAGGCCUUCCUCCCGGGGUCCGCCGUCGAGCGGCCCGGCGGAGGGAGGGACGCCGGCGGCGGGGGACUGGCCCAGAUCCAGGGGUUGGACUUCGGGGAAGGGAUCCGCUUCGUGCCCACCAAGCUGCUGGCGAGGUGGGAGAGGGAGAGCCGGGAGGCGAAUUCGUCGGCAUCCGGGGCUUUCGGGGGCAGACCACCGCGGCGGUUCGGGCUCCGGAAGCCGCUGCUUGCGCUGGUGUUCCCGGAUCUGCUCCCCGAUGCCAUGCAGCUGCAGAUGGUCAGCAUUGCAAGCGUCCUCAAGGAGAUCGGUUAUGAUGUUGAGGUCUUCUCAUUUGAAGAUGGUCCUGUUCAUUCUGUUUGGCAGACUAUAGGGGUAUCCGUUAGCAUCCUGCCUAUAACAACGAAACGAGAAAUCACCAUAGAUUGGUUAGACUAUAAUGGUAUUCUUGUGAGUUCUCUGGACUCAAGGCCUUUGAUUUCAUGUCUUUCGCAGGAGCCUUUUAAAAAUGUACCUGUAAUCUGGACCAUCCAUGAAAGGUCUCUGGCCCUUCAUCUAAAUAAAUAUGCUGCAAAUGGUCAGGUUCAGCUUUUGAGUGACUGGAAGCAAGCUUUUAGUAGAGCUACCGUUGUAGUGUUUCCAAUGUAUAUAAUGCCGAUGAUGUAUUCAGAAUUUGAUGUUGAUAACUUUCUGGUUAUUCCUGGUUCUCCUGCGGAAGCAUGGGAGUCAGAUAGCUCAGCUAAACAGAAACACCAUAAUUUAAAAGAAAAUAUGGGUUAUGGACCAGAGGACUUUGUCAUUGCUAUUGUCAGCAGUCAAUUUUCAUAUAGUGGUAUGUUAAUAGAUCAUGCAUUGAUCCUGGAAGCACUAACACCACUGCUCCAGCAGCUUCCAUAUGUGAAUACUUCUUUUUCUUCUCUAAAAAUUGGCAUUUUGAGUCCCAAUUUGACUGCUGCAAGCAGGACUGCUUUGGAGGCAAUUGCACAGAAGGUUGGCUUUCCAAACAGCAUUGUGGAAAAUAUUAUAGUUGAUCAAGACAUGAACAACUUUAUGGACAAAGCAGAUAUUGUAAUAUAUGGAUCAUUUCUUGAGGAGCAAUUCUUUCCUAAUAUUCUUAUGCAAGCUCUGAGUCUAGGAAAGUUGGUUGUUGCUCCAGACCUUGUCAUGAUUAGCAAAUAUGUUGUCAAUGGGAUGAAUGCAUAUCUUUUUUCUAAAGAGAAAGUUGACACACUGAGUAAGAUUUUGCUUGAAGUAGUUUCAAAUGGAAAAUUGUCUCUAUCUGCUCAGCAAGUUGCAUCAGAUGGGAAAAGGCAUGCCAGAAACUUAAUGGCAACUGAAACGAUCCAAGGCUAUGUUUCAUUGCUAGAAAAGGUUGUCAAGUUUCCAUCAGAAAUUGCACCUCCUAAGCCUAUUGAAGAGAUACCUGUGAAACUAAGAGAGGAAUGGCAAUGGGAUCUUUUUUUGAAUAUUAGAGGCAUGGAUAAUCUGAACGGAAGCUUUAAAAGAUAUAAAAUGUUAGACAAAGUUGAGGAGCAGUUCAAUCAAAGAAAUUCUGGUAAUACUUCUGCAAAUUUCGAUGAAGCAUUUUCCUCGAUAGCCUGGGAGGAAGAGAAAAUCAUAGAGAUGAUGAAUGCUAAAAGGCGAAUAGAAGAAGAAGAGUUGAAGGAUAGGAGUGAUCAGCCUCAUGGAACAUGGGAGGAAGUCUAUAGGAGUUCUAAAAGAGCUGACAGAGCAAGAAAUGAAUUGCAUGAGAGAGAUGAAAGAGAGCUUGAGCGGACAGGUCAGCUCCUGUGUGUAUAUGAACCUUAUUUUGGUGAAGGGGCUUGGCCUUUCCUGCACCAAACCUCGCUCUAUCGUGGAGUUGGCUUAUCCUCUAAAGGACGAAGACCUGGAGCUGAUGAUAUAGAUGCUUCUUCUCGUCUUCCACUUUUAAGUAAUUCAUAUUACCGAGAUGUGCUUGGUGAAUAUGGAGCAUUCUUUGCUUUGGCUAACCGGAUUGAUCGUGUACAUAAGAAUGCUUGGAUUGGUUUCCAAUCAUGGAGAGCUUCAGCUAGGAAGAACAGUUUAUCUAAAGAAGCUGAGGCCAAACUCUUGGAGGCCAUUCAAAAACGAAGGCAUGGAGAUGCUUUGUACUUCUGGAUUCGGUUGGACAAAGAUCCAAGAAAUCCUCAGCAUCUGGAUUUUUGGGAUUUUUGUGAUGCCAUAAAUGCUGGAAACUGCAGGUUUGCUGUUGCUGAGGUUCUCCGAAGAAUGUACAAUAUACAACUUGAUUGGAAUUCAUUGCCUCUGAUGCCAAAAGAUGGGGAUUCCUGGUCGGUUAUGCACAGCUGGGUUUUGCCAACGAGGUCUUUCCUUGAGUUUGUUAUGUUUUCAAGGAUGUUUGUAGAUGAAAUGGAUGCACUGGCGUAUGAUGAUCACCACAUGAGCGGGCGUUGUUUUCUGAGCAUGUCGAAGGACAGACAAUGCUAUUCGCGGCUGCUGGAGCUUCUUGCGAACGUGUGGGCGUACCAUAGUGCACGAAGGAUGGUAUAUGUAAAUCCGGAGUCGGGGGCGAUGCAGGAGCAGCACAGGCUGGAGAAUAGGAGAGGUCAGAUGUGGAUCAGGUGGUUCUCAUACGCCACUCUGAAAGGCAUGGAUGAGGAUCGGGCGGAGGAAGCAGACUCCGAUCGCCCUGACCGGAGAUGGCUGUGGCCGCAAACCGGUGAGGUCGUUUGGCGGGGGGUGUACGAGCGGGAGCGGAACAUGCGGCAGCAGCAGAAAGAAAGGAGAAAACAGCAGAGCAAAGAUAAGAUUCGAAGAAUAAAGAAGCGGGCGCGGCAGAAGACGCUGGGAAAGUACAUCAAACCGCCGCCCGACGGAGCUGACAACGUGAACACCACCAGAAGACGGUGAUCAUUCUGAUGUGAGAAACAUCGUUUCGUCACGCCUGCCCAUAUUUUUUGUUACUCCUUUUUCUUCCUGCAAAUGCGAGAUUGUUUCUUUUCCUUCUUUGAUGUUUGACAGCAAUGUAUCCAAGUGUUGGCCUCAUUUAGCAGUUCACAUGAUUUCUUUCUUUCUUCCAA